GGGCCCAAGCAGCCCAUGGAAUUUCAUAACCUGAGCUCUCCCUCCCCCCUUCCCUCUCCCUCCCUCCUCACUCCCCCCCUCCUCCCUCCCUCUCCCUCCUCCUCCUCUCCCUCUGCCUUCACCACUGCCUUGGGGUCACCGGGAGAGGCCUCGGCUCCCGGCCACCCGGCCUCCUCCCCGAUGGUGUCUGCCCUCCUGGCGCCAGUCCUGAGCGUGGAAUUUGUCCUGGGCCUGGCGGGGGGGAAGAGCCUGGCCUUCAUCUGCUGCUUCCACGCGUGGCCCCGGACGUCCAACACCGUGUUCCUGGUCAGCCUGGUGGUGGCCGACUCUCUCCUGAUCAUCAGCCAGCCUCUUCGCGGGGACUACUACUUCCUCCACGAGACCUGGCACUUCGGGGCCACUGCCUGCAAAGUCAACCUCUUCACCAUCGCCACCAAGCGCUCAGCGAGCGUGGUCUUCCUCGCGGCCGUCUCACUCAACCGCUACCUGAAGGUGGUGCGGCCUCACCACGUGCUGAGCAGGGCCUCCGUGUGGGCAGCCGCCCGGGGGGCCGGGGGACUCUGGGGGGGCAUCCUGCUCCCGACCACCAAUUCCAGCCACUCCUGCCUCAGUUACCAGCUGGGCACGGGCCCCUCGGCCUCACUCCACUGGCACCAGGCCCUGUCCGUGUGGGAAUUCUUCCUGCCGCUGGCACUCAUCCUCUUUGCCAUCAUGAACAUCACGCUCACCACCCUGCACCGAGGCCUGGACGUGCAGGCGGGCCCGCGGAGGGCCGCGUGCAUGCUGGCCGCGGUCGUGGCCAUCGACGCGCUCUGCUUCUUGCGCAGUAUCAUCUUCGGCAAGGCUUCCAUCGUGGCCUUCCACCUGCAUGCCUGCCGCACCCUGGACAUCUGCUCGCAGCUCUUCCAUGGCUCCCUGGCCUUCACCUACCUCAACAGUGCCCUGGACCCCAUGCUCUACUGCUUUUCCAACCCCAACUUCCUCUGCCAGGGCCGGGCCCUGCUGGGCCUCACCCAGGGCUGGCAGGCCUCCUCCAGUGACGAGAGCACCUACCAGCCCUCUGCCUGGCGCCGGGCGCCCCCUGGGAAGGUGCUGGGCGCAAGGAAGCUGUAG